AUGACGUCGUACUUGAUCUUCUUGGCCUGCAUCAUCAGAUCUUCGAUGGCCGCUUCCGAUGCAACCGUACUGUCCAGUCCAAGGAUAUCCGCAGUUGGGCAGGAUGCCCGUGUUUUAUGGGAAUUCCGCACGUCUGAGUCUCCUAAGCUCGUUCAGCUCAGUGGAAGUGCGUUCUCAAAGGACAGCAGAAAUGUGCAAAUACAAAUUCACAACUUCUCCAAUACCUUCUCGAUACCUGUGUGUGUGCUGCACUACUCUGGAAGAACCGAUUACGAGUUUAUGCUUGUUACGAAUAGAAGUGGACAGUGUACAGAAACAAUUUUGCUCGUAAGGAAUCUUGACAUGUUCUUCAACAAAAAUAAUGCAGAGCUCAUUUCAUACCUAAAAAAUAAGAUUGCAAACGAGGAAAUAGAGAGCAUGGGUAUUGUUCCGUUUGCGAAUGGCUGCUCAUAA